AUGAUGCAGCAUUUGAAUGGCGGGAUAACCAGAGACAUGCCGAUUCCACCGAAAAGACCUGCUUUAACAUCGAUAAAAAUUACUCCUGUCCCUGUGCUGGGGAAGUUCAGACCAAUGGUGGGCAAGUGCUGCCAACAGUGCACUCCGGACAGUCUAUCACGCCAUAGUAAGAAGUUUGAACAGAGCCCCUACCUUGGCUUCAGCAACAUUCUCUGUGUCAAUGAGACUCACACGAGGUACCGAGGCUGGCUAGUGCGGCGGAUUUGCGGCGUGCUGUUUGUGUGUGGGUGCAAGGUUUACCCCAGUCAUGCUAACAGCCGGGAGGAGAGGGUCUCUGGGAGUAACAGGGUGAGGGAGGCUCUCGCAGCAGACUCCAAAGCGCCUGAGGCGGGUGACAGCCAAGGGCAGCUCCAUCCCCUCUCAUCAUUCCGCCCCGUAAUUAAUACCUGCAUUUCGCCGUUUUUUUUACGAUGUGUGGGCUGGGCGAUGAUGAAGGUGUUUGAAUCUGUUUUCGGCAGUAUUCAAGUGAACCUCAACCAUUUAACGGCUUUGUGCAGAGCCUCGGAAGAGGGCUCACUGCUGGUUUACGUGUAUGUGCGUCAGAGCAUCGUGGACAACAUUAUCCUCUCUCUGGUGCUCUUCUUCAACAGCCUGAGAGUCCCAUAUGCAAUUUGCCCGGUCCAAAUCACCAACUCCUUCCUCAGGUCCAUCCUCCAGAAAAUUGGCAUGAUCCUUCUGCCGUCUUCUGCAGCGACUGAAGAGGAAGCAGAAAUGGACAAUUUGUACGCCCCCGUCAUGACCUCUCUCAUACGUGAGCUGCUACAUGAGGGCCAAGCCUUAAGUGUAGGUGUGUCAGCAGAGUCUGGUCAAGGGGGCCAGUGGUUGGGUCGCAUCAGGCAGCUCAUCAAAGAUGGAUCUCUCCCUGAUAUCAGUCUAGUCCCUGUGGGCAUCUCCUAUGAUCAUCUGCCAGAAAACCACAUGCAGGUUGGUUGUGUAUUUCGAUGGCUGUUCUCUCUUCUUUGGAAGAAACCAGCAGGAAUUGUUAGAGUCCAUCUUGCGCAGCCGUUUUCUCUUCAGGAGAUGUCCGCGCCAGGCAGGUGCAAAGUAGAUGAAUGGCGCUCUCUAAAGGACUUGUUGCAGCCUGUUAUCCUUAACAACAGCGCUGAGAGUAAGUUUGGCCAAAGGAAGGUGUCGUGGCUCUGGCUUUCUCAUUCCGCCUCAGACACCACAGAACCAAAUCAUCAGGGAAGGGAGCUCAGUGCUGCAAUUGCUGUCCAUCUCAUCUUCUCUGCAACCUCUUGCAUGGCUGUCAUGCCCACCAAUCUGGUGUCCAGUCUCUUGCUGUACAGACACCGCACGACUGGUGUGAGCACCUCUCGCCUGUGUCGUGAUGUCGCCUGGCUUACAGACGAGUUCUUGUUCAGGAACAAAGACGUAGGAUUUGGCGGCAAUCUAGCCGAGGUGGUCCACUAUUCCCUGGUACAUCUCGCUCCUCACCUAAUCAUAGCAGCAGUGCCAUCAAGGCAAGACCCCUUAAUUUUGCUACGUCCUACACUUGAUGCCACACUUUACCUUGACCUUCAGGCUCAGAUUGUCACCCAUACUUUUAUUUUGGAAGCAGUUGGUGCAUGUGCGUUGUCAUCCAUGCUAUAUGACAUUGCCAGCAGUGGCAUCAGCUGCAAGGUGAGGACUGACAGCGCAGAUGGAGAUGAGGUCAAAGGUGCCUUGGAGUUCGACAUGGUACUCUGCCAGUCCGAGCUGACAAAAAGAGCCCUCCAGCUCUGCCAUCUCCUGCCUCCGGGCUUUCGACCGCCCUGCCAGUCUCCUCAAAGUUUUGCACUUAAUGCAAUCGACAGUCUGGUGCAAUGUGGCGUCUUGAUCACGGAAGAAGUUGAGAGGGAAAAUCCAAUCUGUGAUUUCUGGAAAAGAGAAGAUGCGCUGACCUGGACCACCACAGAUGAGCCCUAUCAAAGCGAUUCAGAUUGCGAGGAGCCGGAAUCGUGUGUCUACAAGAUAAGCCAGCCAAAUCACUGUCCCGACAUGCUCCUCUUUCUCUGUAACAUGCUAGCCGGACGUCUGAGGGCUUUGUGCUGGACCACUGCGUUCCUGGAGCAACUACGCACACCUCUGCCAGAAGCCCAUUUUGUGACUCAGCUGUGCUCACAUCUGUGUGAUACGGCGAAUAAGAAGAAACGGCACUACGAGAGCUGCUCACCGGAGGCUGCUCGCGCUGCAGUCGGAACACUAAUAGACCUGGGGGUCCUCUUGAAGGAGCCUCAGGAAGGAGUCGUCGUACUGGGGGUGACACCUGUGUACCAGGAGCCAAAGAACAUUGCUAAAUUGCAGCGGUUUAUCCAGCAGUACAUCAAAGGUUAA